UAAACUGUAAAGUGUGUAAACGCUGGAGUAAACAGCAAAUGACCUGGUAGUUUCCGACCACUUGUUGCUUAUGGUGUCCGCUUUUAUUGUUUUUGAAUUUUUGUGAUUCUCUAGUAUCGUGUCGCUACGAUUUGCUAAUAACUGCGACUACUGUAAACACUACUGUACAGUAUACUCGGAGUUGCGGAGUAGAGUACAGAUAGUGUUCGGAUUUCUUAAUUCUUUCUUGCGCGUAAUCGCUGAAGCCGUCGGAAAUAAGCUGGAAUUUUGAUAUUGUUAGCUGAGAUAACUAACUGAUACUCAUGAAGGAUUUGCUCUUCUAAAGCUUUGAUCCAAACCAGACAGUCCUCCAGUUUUUUUCAACUUUUUCCCAACUUUAAACUGCCAUUAUGAUCAGCUUCGCCGUCCUUGCUGUGACCAUUAUCUCUGGAUUGCUGGGAUUCUUAUUCUACGUCUUCCUCAACAAUAAGACACCGCGAGCAUCGAAAAUCCCUGGUCCGCCAAUUGCUGAUAAGGCGGAGGGAAAUGUGCCAGAAUUGCGUGAAGCCGGAACCAUCCAUGAUUAUCUCAGCGAACUGCACGAUGAAUAUGGACCAAUUGUGGGAUUUUACUUGCGGGAUUUGUACGUAGUCAGCAUCGGAUCCGCAGAACUGUUUGAAGAACACGCGCAGCUAUUCGAUCGGCCCAAGGCACUGUUCCAGAAAUUUGAAGAAAUAGCUACACCGUCGACAAUUCAAUUCCAAAAUGGAGAGGAAGGCCGGCGACGACAUGCUUUAUAUGCUCGCUAUUUUAAUGGCACUGCAAAAUUCGUCUCGGAAUUAUCCGAAGGUGUUCAGGACACGAUCAACUCCAUAUCCGCUCUUCCGGCAAACGAAUACAUUCCGCUACGAAAAAGCAUGUUUAUUUUAUCAUCAGCCAACAUUUCCAAAACGGCGUACGCCAGUGUCUUUACGAAAGCAGAACUGGCCGAACUAGUGGAAUGCUAUGAUCUGUGGGAUGCUCGUGUAGAGAAUGAGUUAAUCGGGGAAAGUGUGGAAGUUAUCAAAGGAGGGAAGACUGAUCCGGUAAAAAGAAUUCAGGGACUGGUUAAAACUGGAUUAAGCCGGCGACAAAGCAGCGGUGACAUUGCCGAGGAUAAGCGAUUCAUUGACAUACUUCUUGGUGACCCCGAAUUAUCUUCGGAAGCCAAAUUUGCAGAUGCACUAACCAUGUUUAUCGGAGGACUGCAUACAACCGCUAAUCUACUGACAUGGGCGUUGUAUUUUUUGGCUGAUCAUCCUGAAAUACAGGAGCGCUUGCACGAAGAAUUGGACUCCAAAUUGAAAUCGAAGGAUAUCACUAAAUCCGAGCUUGAUUCGCUCACGUAUCUGAAUCAAGUCGUCAACGAAAGUCUGCGACUGGGAGGAGUUGGAACAUUUGCAGCUCGUUACUCGGAAGAACCCCUUUUACUCGGUGGAUAUACAAUUCCUGCUGGGACCCCUGUCUUUCAUCCGGUCGUGUAUGUCAUGCAUUCGGAGAAGUAUUUUCCUGAUGCUGAUUGUUUCAACCCGGAAAAUUUCUCCAAGGAGAACGUGAAAAAGCGCCAUCCAUUUGCGUUUAAGCCAUUUGGUUUUGCUGGAGGUCGGCAAUGCGUAGGCAAUCGGUUCGCUCUGGAAGAAACGGCCUUGGCGCUGGCGAUGCUGAUUAGAACAUUCCGAUUUGAAAUGGUUCCUGAUCAAACGGUGGAGCCGUUUUUUGGAUUCGUAACCCGACCGGUGGAAGAAAUCUGGGUGACUGUUUCCAAAUGGACAGAAACGGAAGAAUCUUUGCUGCCUUCCGAAUGAACUAGUUUCGUUCUAAUUGUGUUUCGACGAAAUUUUCCGUCCGUACCAUCUCAUUCAGCUGCAUGAAACUUGCGAUUUCAAUCUGCAACUUUAAUUCGACUGGUGAAUAGCCACUAAAUGUACUCGUGAUUUACGCUUUCUGUAUCAACCAGUAUUAACAAAAAAUCUCGAGUAGUUCCGUCAAAGUACAAAAUUUCCAAAAAUCAAAUAAUGCUGCAGGAGAAAA